AAAUUUUUUCCACUCUAUUCUAUGAGUUUGGAUUUAGAAUAUUCAGUAGAUAAAUAUUGGAAAGUUGUAUAUGCAUUGUUACUUUUUUUCUCAUUAUGCUCAGCAUCAGUCAUACCAAUUAUAUAUGCAUACUCUCCUAAGUGUAGACAUCAUCCAGCAUAAAUAGUUUUAAUCUUAUGUAAGAUUUUAUAAUUAUAUAAAUAUUUAGGUAUAUUAGAGAUGAUAACAUGCUAUUAACUAUUUUUAGAUAGUGUUGAGUUUUAAGAACUAAUUUAAUUUCUAGACAAACUUAUUAGCUAUAAUAAAAUUAGGGAAUACUAUUUGUUUGGCUCAGGAACGAUUUCAGAUGAAACCUUAUGUAAAAUAAAUUAAUCUCUUAUAUUUUUUGGAUUGUUAGCACAAUUAAAUUAUUAUGCAAUUCUGACUUUAGAUUUUAUAUUAACAUUAACUAAACCCUUUUUAAAUACAAAAAUGAAACAACUUUCAUAUAAUUUUGGAGCAUGCUUAAUUACAAUUGUUAUGUACUAUUUUGAAAAAGAUUAAUUUGCUGAUAUUAGUUGCAAAAACAUAGGAGUAAAUGAUACAUCAAAAAUCUUUAAAAUUCAAUUAUUGGUAAUAGUUGUAUUAUUAGUUAUUUCAUGUUGUGUUGGAAUCAAGGACUUAUAUAAAAUGAAGAAAAUUAAUAUCAUUGUUAGAGAAAAUAGGAAAAAAUUAUUUUUUAAUCAUAUAGUAUACUAUUUUUUAAUAUAUAAUUUAGUACUUAUUUUCUACUCUGCUUAUAAUGUGGAGUUUACCAAUCAUCAUAGAACUAUUGAGUGAAUAAGGAAUAACCAAAAAACUAUUAAUAAGAAUUUAUUUUGCCAUUAUGCUUAUUCAUCGUAUCAUUUAUAUUAAAAUACUUAGCAACAAUUUUAUUAUGGAUUCGCCUUCGAGAACCUUACUUCAAGAGUAGAACUAUAUUAUUAUUUGCUACAUUAUUUUGUAAAAAAAAAUGGAAGGAAAACAAAGAGUAUUACUUUCAUAAAAUUCUUAGUAAAACUGUUGAUGAUAGUAUUAUGGAACAAUGUUAAUUACCCCUCAACAGAUUGGUUUAAGAAUAAACUAACUAAGAAACAGUAUCAAACAUUUUAAGUUCAAUCCUUAAAAUUGUAAGCUAUGAUGAAAAAAUUUAUGACUUACAUCGAUAGUGUCUUUACAAGAAGCAGUUUAAGUUUUCAUCAAAUAAAAGUGAGUCUUAAAUAGAUUAAGAAUCUCCAUUAUUAAGUUCAAUUAAUUACUCGUUAGAAUUAACAUUAACAUUCUUGAUUUAAGAGUACGCUCCAGCAGUAUUUUAAGAUAUUAGGGAAAAAAAUGGCAUUUAAUAGAAAAUAUUUUAGAAUUCCUUAAGGUUAGAUCAAAAUUAAGAUCAAAUCAAAAAGACUUAAGAAUCUCUAGGGAAAAGUGGAUCAUUUUUCUUUUAUACUUAUGAUAACACUUUUGUAUUGAAGACAAUAACUUAAUCAGAACUGAAGCUCAUUUAAGAUUGUAUUUUACAUAAGUAAUUUAAUUAGUUUUGGAAGAUUAUUACAAGUAUAUUAUAAAAGAUUAAACAUUUUUGGCAAAGUUUUAUGGAUUGUAUUCUAUUAGUAUAGAAGGGUUUUCCUAGAUUCAUUUAUUACUAAUGGAGAAUGUUUUUUAACAAAUACCUAAAGAAAGAAUAGUUUAUGAUUUGAAAGGAAGCCUUGUGAAUAGAAAAUAAAAUGUUAAAUAAAGCCAAGUUGUUGAUCUCACUAGUUCUUUUGCUUAAUAUCUACCUUAACAAGGUGUUUUAAAAGAUCAAAAUUUCAUUAAAUCUACAGAUAUAUUUAUAUAAUUGAAACAGCUAGAAAGAGAAAAAUUAUUUAAUAUUCUAAAAGAAGAUAUUGAUUUCCUUCUUAAAAAUAAUAUUAUGGAUUAUUCUUUACUUGUUGCUGUAUGUAAAAAUAAAUACGAAAAUGAAAAACGUAUAUAUUGUAACAGUAGCAAGUGUUUUUGUUUUGGUUUGAUUGACUAUACCUAAAAGUUCACUUUCAAAAAGAAGUUGGAGUAUUUUUAUAAAUUCCAUGUAAAAAGGAAGGGCUAAUAAAUCUCAUGCGUUAAUCCUUAGAUUUAUAGUUAAAGAUUUAUUUCAUUUAUUAAUAGUAUAAUUGCUAUUAAUGAAUGGGCUUGA